AUGUCUCGAGCGCGCUUUCUCCUCAAUCGCACUCCUUUCACAGCGCCUUGCAGAGCUUCGCGCCAAUUCAUCCGCCACCCCCGCAAUGCCCAAGUCCUCGAGCUUCCCCUCCAAUCCCGCAUCCGCUGGUCCUACCUGUGGUACGCCAGCAUCCUCGCUCUAGGAAUAACAACUGGUUUGGGUGCCCGUCAAUUCGCUGCGCCCCUCGGUCUUCCUGAGCCCGGAUCGCCAGAUGAUGACCUAAUCCUUAACUCCCUCAGCCGCGACGUCGACGCUCUGGAGAUUGUACAAUCACUCCGAUCGCAAUCAUACAACCUACACACCGAUACUGCCCUCCGAUCAGGACCAGGAUUGACAUCUGCACCUGCUCCAGGAAGUCGGAAGAUAUCAGCUUACAAAGGAUGGCUAGAGCUGGAUUUAGAUUUUGGUAGGGAAAAUGACGGGAAGAAAGGAGUUUUGGGUGCUAUGGGUGGGGCAAGGGGAUUAGGAGUGCAGAGGGCAUUUUGGAAUGCCGAGACCAGAGAGAUGGUAGCGGUAGUAUGGAUUGGAGGAGGACUGACUGGCUGGCCGGGCGUCGCGCAUGGAGGGGCUAUAGCGACUAUCUUUGAGGAGAUUUUUGCCAGGAUGGCGAAGGGUCCUGAUGGACUUAUUGAAUCUGCCCAUCGCCCCGACUCCCUUUCCUUGACCUACGCGAAACCUACGUACAGCCUCGAUUUCUACGUCAUACGCGCUGCUUUCUCCAAACCUGAUCUGCCACAGUCUGAACCACCGCCUGAGCCGGAGUCUGAACCUACAAAGAGCUGGUUGGGAUGGCUAUCACCAAAGAAGGACCUCACAAAGAAGCCACAGGCUUCCCAUCAGGAGAUUAUUGCGACCCUUGAGAAUAUCAAGGGGGAGUUGUGUGUAAAAGCCAAAGGCACUUUUGGCAAAUGA